ACACCUCCUGGCUGCAUGGAGACGUCUGCGCAACACGCCAGUAUGUAUUUUUUUUUAAAUCUUCCUUUCAUGCAUGGGUGACGUCAGCACCCACCUGUGAUGCUCCACCAUGGAGAACCUCACCAACGUGUCUGUGGAGGACGCGCGCUCCGAUUACGAGCCCCGGGACGAGCGCUUGGCUCGGGUGGAGGUCGCGCUCCUCGCCAUCAUCUUCAUCACGGCCGGGAUCCUCAACUUCGGGCUCCUGCUGGUGCUGUGGCGGCGGAGGAAGCAGCUCUCCCGGAUGCGCGUCUUCGUCUUCCACCUGUGCGUGGCCGACCUGGUGGUGGCGUUUUUCCAAGUUUGCCCGCAGCUGAUGUGGGACAUCACGGACCGCUUCGUGGGGCCGGACGUGCUGUGUCGCGCCGUGAAGUACCUGCAGGUGGUCGGCAUGUUCGCGUCCACGUACAUGAUCGUGGUGAUGACGGUGGAUCGCUACCAAGCGAUAUGUCACCCCAUGGUCACCUUCCAGAGGCACAGGGCGCGCUGGAACGCCCCCGUGUGCGUGGCGUGGUGCGUCUCCCUGCUGGGCGGCAUCCCGCAGGUGUUCAUCUUCUCCCGCGUGGAGGUGGCCCCCGGCGUGUACGACUGCUGGGCCGUCUUCAUCCCUCCGUGGGGCUUGAGAGCCUACGUGACGUGGACCUCCCUGGUCAUCUUCGCGCUGCCGGUUCUGGCCGUGGUCGUGUGCCAAGUGCGCAUUUGCCGCGCCGUGUAUUCCAGCCUGCACUCCAAGGCGCACCACGGCGGCGGGGAGCAGCCGGCCGGGAGAGCCUGCAGCGGGGCGGGGGUGUCCAAGGCCAGGGCGAAGACGGUGAAGAUGACCAUGGUCAUCGUGCUCACUUACAUCAUCUGCUGGACGCCUUUCUUCACCGUGCAGCUGUGGUCGGUGUGGGACCAAGACGCGCCCACGCAAACCGCCACCUUCACCAUCCUGAUGCUGCUGGCCAGUCUCAACAGCUGCGCCAACCCUUGCAUCUACCUGAUGUUCAGCGGCAAGUUCCGCAGGAGGUUUGUGGAGGCGGUGUCCAGAAGCCAGUCUCAUCUGCGGGACUCCAUGCACAAGGAAGCCACCACGGUCGGCUCCCUGUUCAUCAACCUCAGGAACUUGCCAGACUCCAAACAUUUACCUGCACUCAGGCCGCUUUACGGCAUCAGGAAAGGCCAGGAAACCUCUUAACCUGCGACAUUUUAAAUGUCCUUAAAGCAUCGUCCGUGCAGCAGGGGUGUCCAAACCUUGAGUUUGUAAAGAGUUACAGUUACAAAGUAGUAUUAAAUACUUCUUAGUAUCAACUUUUAGCUAAAUUGAUUGUUUCAUUCUGCUUGGACACCCGUCCUUAUAGCUUUUUUUCUUGACUUCAACUCUAAAUUUUUUGGUGUCCUG